CUAUAACAGCAAAAUGCACACAUGAAAAUAACGUAUGCAGGGAGUGUGUUGAACGACACAUAGAUACAAGUUUAUCUGGAAAAGGUGAUGUAGUUAUUCAUUGUCUUUCCGGAAAUUGUAGACAAGUUAUUGAACAUAGUGAUGUGAAAAGAAUAGCUAGUCGUGAG